AUGGGUGCAAAACAUUUCAAUGGGGGAAGUAUCGGAUGGGCUCCUGUUGAUCCUUAUGAUAAUUCCACGUCAGUUAAUAUUACUAUUACACAGACUUAUUCAUGGACAUAUCCAUAUAUAAAAUGUGCCAAUAAUGUGCCGAGCUCGACUAGUGGAUGGAGCCGUGCCAACACUAAUCUAACUUGUGUAGUUGAUUGUUCAACUGAUGGUGGUUAUUCUACUAAACCAAUUGAUAUUCUUACCGAUUGUAUAUCAGCUAGUUCAUCGAUGAAAAUGAUGACAAGUGAACGAUCAAAAAGUGUUACUCUAUCUGCUGAUGCACACUUUUAUAUAGCUUAUAGAGGAAGUGCUUGGGUAGCAUUGAAUGAUCCUGCUGAACAAGGUCUUGACUGGUCUAUUGUAACGUACAUUGAUCUUCGUAAACGACCAGAUGGUUUCAUUAAUACUCCACCUGUGGCCAAAGUUGUUUCUCCACAAUAUGCCAUUGUAAAUAAAACAAUACAAAUAAAGAUUCCUGUGUCAGAUGCGAAUGCUGGUGAUGAUGUACGUUGUCGAUGGUCAACAUAUACAACUGGAUAUCGAAGACGAAAACGAUCCGACCAAGAAGAAUAUAUCAAGCAUCGAUCAAAUGUUCAUUUUCAGAGCGAAGCAGCUAGUGAUAGAGAAUUCAUUCAUAUUAGAAAAAAAAGAGCAGGUUGUGGUGGUGGCUGUGGCUCUUCAUGUGUAUUUGGCUGUGACUGCGGUUGCAAUGGUUGUACUGGCACAUCAUGCACUGGUGCGACAUGUGCUACUACUGGAGGUUGUCUUGCGACAACCUCAACGCAGGCCACAACCACAACCGUUACAACAAUAACAACCGUCGCAGCAACCACAACCGGUGCGACAACAACCGUUGCAACGACUACAACCGUUGCAACGACUACAACCGUUGCAACGACUACAACCGUUGCAACGACUACAAGCGUUGCAACAACCACAACCGGUGCGACAACAACCGUUGCAACGACUACAACCAUUGUAUUAACAACAACUCUUGUGAUGACCACAAUUGGUGCGACAACUACAACCGUUGCAGCGACUACAACUGUUGCGGCGACUAUAACCGAUACGACAACCACAGCCGUUGCAGCAACGACAACAGGUGCAACAACUACAACUGAUACAGCAACCACAGCUGUUGCAGCAACGACAACAGGUGCGACCACUACAACCGAUACGACAACUACAAUCAAUACAACUACUACAGAAACUCCCGGAACACCAAGAUCGACUUCGACGUAUCCAAUUCGUCAGGCGAUUGACGAAUGUGGUGGUAUUUGUUAUCCAGGCAGUGUACCUAAUGGUACAACAAUGUCUAACUGUACUAUCACAUUCACAGGCCAUAAAGCUGGUGUCUGGUAUGCAGUGGCUAUUCAGGUUGAAGAUUUUAUUGAUGGAACAAGUACAACACCAUUGAGUUCAGUACCAGUUCAGUUUUUGAUUUAUGUUCAAGCACAACCAGCUUGUUCAAUCGAACCUGUAAUUAUUCCUCUAGAUCGUUGUCUAGAAGUACAAGUUGGUGUCACAAUCAGCUUUAAUCUAUCUGCAAUGAAUUUAUGUAAUCAGACUGUAGCUACACUUACUGAUAUUGUGGUUUCCAGUGGAAUUACUGGUAUGACUCAUGGAGCAGAUAUUUGA